UGUAGCUAUUUAUACAUGCUAUGCUAUCACACUCGCCACCUUUACUAAAGUUGAAACCCAACACCAUAAAUCAAUAGUCAGUAAUUUAAGAAAUGGUGCUCUUGGAUCGUCUGUGGGAUGAUACGGUGACGGGGCCUCAGCCUCACCCACAGCGCAGCCUCAACAAGGUCUACACCAGGCCCUUCAACAUCAAAGAUAUUGGAGUAGAGGGAAGCAUCAAGUACCAGAGAUCUCUAUCCAUGCCGUCGCCCACCCCUCUGAGGAAGGAAAACAUCGGAACAAACCCCACCGUUUAUGACUGGUGGAUGAUUGCUUUACAGCGGGGAGACGAGGAGCAAGCACCACCAGAACGUGUGAUUAUGAAAGAUCCUCUAUAACUAAUAUGUUUGGUUGAAGUGCAUUUCAUCAUUUCUGAUUUGAUAUUAUGCUGCAGCCCCAGACACUUGCUUUCUUUUUUGGAUUUUCUCAAUUUCUGUUUCACGUAAUUGGUUUUAAUUUUUCAAUCUCA